UGACAUUCCAGUUGGUUGUGAGGCAACAACAACCGCUUGAGUCUCGUUGGCCGGUGGUGUACGCACGUCUUGUCGUCGUCCUUCGCGGGUCCUCGCUUACAUGUCGCUUCCAAGAAUUUUGCAGAAAAUGCAAUGAAAUCUCGCGGAUACUCUCUGUGCUCUUUGAAAAACGCCCGCUCCUACUUUUAAUUGAUCAGUGCCAGUAAAUUGCAAGUGCGACCCAGAACGAUUGGCCGAAACCCAGCACAUGGUGGACUAGGAAAAUUUCAAAAUAGAAGUCAACUUCCCUUCACCGUAUAAUUUCGAGUUUCUCGCCUGCCGAAAGGAUUCACGAUGGUGGACGUGAAAAAGAUGAUGGAGUACGAGUAUCUGACGAAGGAGCACUUGUCCGGAUUCAAUAAGUAUAAGUAUUCCGCAAGAGAUACAUCGCCCCUCAGCGUAUAUGUGAUGCAUCCUUUUUGGAACUAUAUAGUGCAGUUUUGCCCCACUUGGCUAGCGCCCAACGUUCUCACUUUUGUGGGAUUUCUUUUCUCGCUAGCGAACUUCGUAUUUUUGUCAUAUUUUGACUGGAACUUCUACGCGAGCUCUGGCGACGGAUCAGCUCCACCAAUCCCACGUUGGUUUUGGCUACUGGCAGCUAUCAAUAUAUUUUUGUCAUACACUUUGGACGGAAUUGAUGGAAAACAGGCGAGACGUAUUGGACUGUCUGGACCGCUCGGGGAACUUUUCGAUCAUGGCUUGGACUCUUAUACGGCCGUGUUGAUACCAGCUUGCUUGUACAGUGUCUUUGGAAGAUGCGAGACGUCCUUGCCGCCAAUUCGGAUGUAUUACAUUUGCUGGAUGGUGUUUUUCAACUUUUACACGUCGCAUUGGGAGAAGUACAAUACUGGAGUGCUGUACUUGCCCUGGGGCUAUGAUAUAAGCAUGUGGGGCUCGACAAUAAUGUACUUGGUCACUUGGUUCUAUGGCUACGGAGUAUGGAAGAAGACUUUCCCACUCGGCAUUACCAUGGGCAUUUUGAUGGAGGCUGUGCUUCACAUCAGCGCAUUGUCCAACAUGCCGAUGGUCGUAUACAAUGUUUACAGUUCUUACGAAAAUAAGACGGGCAAAAUGCGUCCGUUCUCUGAAGCCGUGCGACCCAUAUAUCCAUUCUUGACAUUCUUCGUGAUCUUCAUGUUUUGGGCUUAUAAAUCACCAAACGACAUCAUGACAAAUGAUACUCGAAUGCUGUUUCUGUUGAGCGGAACGAUAUUUAGUAAUAUAAGCUGUCGACUCAUUGUAGCACAAAUGAGUAACACCCGCUGUGAGGCUUUCCAUUGGAUGACUCCGAUAUUCAUUGUCAGUAUUCUGUUUGGUAUGUAUGUUCCAUUUUUCGAGCGCUUUAUCCUGUAUAUGUUGUGCAUCACAACAACUUUAGCCCAUUGCCACUAUGGUAUGAGAGUUGUACAACAAAUGUGUGUACAUUUCAAUCGAAUAUGUUUCAAAGUUACUACCAAUGGUGCAACUUCUACAACUACCACGACGCCAUCAAUACAAGAGAAGAAAUAGACGUAGAGAGUUAGAUACUAUAUAAAACGGAUUAAUUUACAGUUAAGGUUAAAGUUACUUUAGCUACAAAACAAUUCAAUAGUGUGUUAUUCAACUAUUUAUCUUUACAAAACUACAGUUUUAAGCUAAAAGUAGUGAAAAUCUCAGGCUUCAUAUUUUAUCCACGGAAGGAACUAGUUUAUAUUUAUUGCGACGUCGUUACUAUUGUACUUUAUCCUAAAAAGUGAAAUUGCUUUGCCUUCAUCAUGUCAAAUUAUCUGCUAAGUUAAUUUCUCUUCAUUUUUUUUAGUAAGACUCGACAUUUUUUCGUUGCAAAAAGCAGCUAUUUAUUUUAAUAUAAGAUAUCAAGACAUGUAAAUACAAUACGAUACUAUAUGUAAUGGAAGAUAUAAAGAACAAGCUCGAACUGUGGACUCAUAAGACAUCACAACCAUGUGAAAUAUCAGUAUCUUAACAGAAACAAGCAAAACUAGUCUAAUUUACUUUCUAGCUUUCAUUUAACUCAAUCACUGUAAACGAUAUAUAACCGGCUCGAUGUGAACAAAAUAAAUGAGAUUUCUUUACUGAAUAA